CCUAAAUGUUUUCGUGCGACAGAACAAACUGAAAUCAUGGUGCAUAAAGAAUACUUCAAUCCAGUACAUGGUUAUGCAAUUAGUCCAUUUAAAAGUCCAAAUGCAAAUAGAAAUCAUUUCUAUCACAGAAAUGUGAAUAAUAAGAUAAAGAUUAUAGUACUGCAUUUUACUGAUCUAGAUUUCAGAACUACUGUAAAAGAAUUUACUUCUAAAAGAAGUAAUACUUUUAGAAAUGUCAGUUCUCAAUAUGUAAUCGAGAGACCUACCGAAGCUGGUACACACAAUCUACUAAUGCAGGUCGUGCCAGAAAAUUGCGUUUCGCGUCACGCCGGAAUAUCUUUAUGGGGCAACUACUCGUCAAUCAAUUCCAUAUCAAUAGGUAUCGAAAUCGUUAACUAUGGAUAUAAUGCUACUAAUAAUUCGUGAGACCCGUUUUAUCAAGAUCAAAUUCGCAUUGUCGGUUUAAUGGUGGCUCGUCAACGCAGUGCCCGUGUACACCAGACCGGAAGCUGUUUGUCAAUUAUUUGGGUGUUUACGGUUACAAUAUAAGUGAUGAGAUUCAAGCCAUUAAGGCAUUUAAGGCACACUUUACGGCCAAUCAAAAACCAAAAUUGUAUAAUCGUCUAAUAACACGUCUUGAAAUGUAUUGGAUUUGGGCUUUGGUAGCUAAGUAUUCACAUUAACGCAAGCAGGGCCGUAUUUGAACAUUUUGCGCCCCGGGACAACAUAUUUACCCGAAAAAGUUUUUUCUUAAAAUGUAAGGUAGGUACCUAUUAUUUUUGGUCAUAAUUUAUAACUCAUAAACGUAGUUAGAUUUUGAAAUUUCUUUUCUUGGAAACCUUUGUUUUUCAAUGAGUUAAGAACAAUCAAUGAAGCAAACAGAAUUUGUCGGUCAGACUUAGUUUCAAAGCUAUACACGAGCUGGCAAAUUCCCAUCCGUUGCGGUUUUUUUUAUUUAAUUUCUUUAUUAACAAUAUAAUAUACAGUAAAUACAAUAGGUAAUUUCUGAUUUCACCAAAAUUAUAAGGAUAAAAAACUCACAAAAAUAAAAAUCAAAAAUGUUAUUUUGGUAU